AUCAUGCAACACUGGAACACACCCUCCCUGUACUUCUACCCUGCGCAUUCUUCACACACACACAGAGAACCAAACAGCAGCGACAAAGUGCAAAGACACCAUAGUCCUCAGAAAUGGCAGAAAAAGAGACCUUAUCGGUUGGCAACGGGCAAUCAACCGUGGCUCAGCUGGCACAUAGUCCUGCACCGCUCUCUGGAGGCACUCACAGUGUGCUGCAGGACGGACUGAGCUUCACUCCACUGGACUCCAACAGCGAUACGGUUGUUCAGCCUUUCCCACGUUCUCCAAAACUCCAGAGGAAGAUAGCCAAUGCUGGACAGCCCUCUCAGUGUACUCUGCAGGAGCAGCUGUCCAGACGUAUAGAGGAGCUGCAGGCCGAGAGAUCCAAGACCGAGGCUCACAUUAAGUCUCUGAAAAAACGCAAGGCAGACCUCUCAAAAAGCACAGAGAUGAUGAAGCACCAGGUUCAAGAGUGCUUUGAGAACAUGCGGUGUGUCCUGAACCAGGACGAACGGGCCAUCCUGGACUCUCUGGAGCUGGACUUGAGACGUACCAGGACCAGACUGGACCAGGUUCUGAAGAACUGGGAGCAACACCGUCACCGGGUCACUAAGAGCAUCAGCAGCACACAGACAGCACUGAGCAAGAGCCCUGAGGCGAAGGAAGACAAGGAGGGCCGGUCUGAGAAUGUGAGUCCUAAGAAGCCAGAUGCCUCUGAGCAGGAAAUCCGACUGAAUGAAGAGAGAUUCGAAAGGCUCCUGAAAACGCUAUCCUCGGUCUCCAAACAGCUGAAAGCUCAGCUGCAGCGGAAGACUCUACUGUUAGAUUCGUCGCCAAUGCUGAUUGACAGGCAGACUUGCCAUAGCCAAAUCACAGUGACCUCAGAUGGACGGAACAUGUCCUUCUCAGGCUACUCCCGUUCAGGUCCGGAGCAUCCUCUUCAGUUUGACAAGGUGUGCUGUGCUUUGGGCUGUUCUCCUGCCACAGCCCCUCACAGUUACUGGGAAGUCGAUGUCCGCUGCUGCUAUGCCUGGGCUGUAGGCGUGGCAUACGCCAGCAUGGAGAGGAAGGGCCGGGACAAGGGCUCCAAACUGGGCCGAAACAGGAACUCGUGGUGUGUGGAGCUUCGGAACAGCCGUCUUUCUGCUUGGCACAAUGACCGACAUGUAGCAUGCCAGGGCGUCGGGCAAACUCCACUGGGAAAGAUCGGCGUUUGGGUGAAUUAUGACAAGGGCCAGCUGACGUUUUACAACGCAGACACCAUGGCUGUUCUACAGAGGUUCUCUGCAGCUGUGACGACAGUGUUUGACAGGGCUCAUCACCAGUUCACAGAACCCCUGUACCCUGCCAUACGCUUCCUAAGACCACCAGUGAGCCAGAUGUGGCCUAACCACCUGGAGUUCUGUCAUCUCAACACUCCAUGAUGCUGCAGUAAUUAUCCAGAGUGAUGUGGACAGAGAGGUGUAUGUAUUGCUGAUGAUGAUAUGUGCCAUCUUUUUAGUCCAUACAUACACACACACACACACACACACACACACACACACACAUGUGUGAACGCAAACCAUUAAAUCUGACCUGAAGUCAAUGUCCAACAGCAGACUCUUCAUUGGCUCAUGUUUCUGUUCCAGGUUUCGUAACUUGAUGACCUCCUGGAGUCUGGCAUGAAAAGAAUAUAUCACUGACUAAAAUUUCAAGAAAAAAGGAUUUGUAACAAAUUUCAAUAUGUAAUACAUUUCAUCAUUUCACAUUUAGAUAUAUGGUGACUAUUGGCAGUAGCUCAGUCUUCUGACAAUCUAUCUUCUUUAUUUUAUUAAAAUCAUAUAUAUAUGUA